CGCGCAUGCGCAGAGCCAGUUCCCCGAGCCGUGUCAAUGUGGGACGAGAAACCGCACAUCUGAGCGCUUACAGAAGAUUUCAGCACCCGGAUCAAGUGUUCAGACCUCGGAGCGCGUCUUUGGUCGUGUGUGCAUCAUGACGAGCAGCUCGAAGCGGAAAGAAGAGCUUCAUGUGCUGAACGGAGGACUGAAACAGUCCACAUGGAGCAAAGCCAUCAGCUGCAGAGCAGUGUGGGACGAGAAGGAUGAGUUUUUAGAUGUGGUGUACUGGCUCCGUCAGAUCAUCGCUGUGCUGUUGGGUGUAAUAUGGGGGGUGGCACCUCUGAAGGGGUUUCUGGGAAUAGCCAUAUUCUGUAUCAUCAACGCAGGCGUCCUGUACGUGUACAUCAGCAGUUUCCAGCAGGUGGACGAGGAGGAGUACGGAGGAACAUGGGAGCUCACCAAAGAGGGCUUCAUGACCUCAUUUGCCUUGUUUCUGGUGGUUUGGAUCAUCUUCUACACGGCGCUACACUACGACUGAGGACUGCAGGGAGACAGAGACGGACACUCAUUUAAUGUGAUCUGGAUGGAGCUACUUUCCAAGGCGUCUGUAUGUGUUACCAGCAGCAUGUGUGCUCCUGAGGAAGAGGUGCAUCGUGGGUACAAGACAUGUUAAUAACCGUCUGGAAGCCAGGAAGCUGAUGUCGUCCAGCGCACUGCCAUGGCUAAUGGGUUAAUAACUGUUGUUUCUGUUUGUC